GGGGAUCCCUCAAAUGCCCUUCGGACUGCAAGAGACGUUCAAGCGCCCUCCCCACCUCCCCUCCUCUCUUUGGCCGGAGGGACCCGACACCAAUGCCUGCGACCAUGCUGGCAUCCCGGACCCUGUCCCGACGGCCCCAGAGCGCGGGCGGCCGCCACAUGGACAUGAGGCAAGGGGCAACAGCAGCACACGGGGUGUGUGCGUAAUCCCCCAGGCUUUGCAUUGCAGCGAUCAGCGUGGUAAGUGUGCAGGGCUCUGCGCAGCUUUCACCUGUCGUUGUUCCCCCCCUCCUUUGGCAGGCGACCCAAGCGCUGCUGCCCCCCCCUCCGAGGAGGACGACGCCGACGGGGGCGGAUGGAUCAGGACGAAACGGACGGGCAAGAAACACCUCAAGGACAAGAAGGAGAUGCCGACGACCCGGUGGAGUAAGCGACGCUGUGCCGCCCGCCGACUGGGGGGAGCCCGCCGAUGCAGCGGGCGACUGCCCGCGGCUCCGAGGGAGCGCCGCAGCGGCUCGGGGCCCAUUGCCCCAGGAGCGGGCCGCCGCCGCGGGCGCCCGCGCGAGCUUGCGGUGACUGUUGGCACGCAGGCUGUCGCUUCUUGACUGAGGCGCACAAGCGUGAUGCGACUGCGGCGCGGCGCGAGGUCGCUUAUCCUAAAAAAGUUCGCUGG